AAGCUGCAGUUUUAGGAGCACUGGAUCCCUCAGACAGACCAGCAGCACCAACUUCUUUUUCUCCUCUCAUUAUCAUCUCCACUUGCCACAAUGUCUUACCAGAGCUUCAGCACUCGCUCUGCUGCCCCCCAGGGAGGCGUCAGCUCCUUCAGAGUCAGCCAGACCCGUUCCUCCAAAGGUGGUUCAGGCUUCGGAAGACCAGGAAACUGGAGCAGCUCUAGCUUGUCUAACGUGGGCUCCGUGAGAAAGAGCGUUUCCUAUGGCGUGUCCAGUGGCAGGUCUGGCGCUGGCAGCGGUUCUCUUUAUGGCAUCGGCGGUGGAUCUGGGUUCGGCGGUGGAGCUGGGUUCGGUGGUGGAGCCGGGUUCGGCGGUGGAUCCGGAUUCGGCGGUGGCUAUGGCGGCGGCCAAGGUGCUGGAAUCCAUGAAGUGACCAUCAACCAUAGCCUGCUGACACCCCUUAAUCUGGAGAUUGACCCCCAAAUCCAGGUUGUGAGGAAGGAGGAGAAAGAACAGAUCAAGACCCUGAACAACAAGUUUGCUUCUUUCAUUGACAAGGUGAGAUUCCUGGAACAGCAAAACAAAGUUCUGGAGACAAAAUGGGAACUUCUGCAGAACCAAAAGUCCUCCUCCAAGUCCAGCAACGUCGGCCCCAUGUUCGAGGCUUACAUUUCCAACCUGAGGAGGCAGCUGGACAGCCUGGUCAACGAUAAGGGCAGACUGGACGGAGAACUCAGGAACAUGCAAGAUCUGGUUGAGGAUUUCAAGAACAAGUAUGAGGAUGAAAUCAACAAGCGCACUUCAGCUGAGAAUGAGUUUGUCGUGCUGAAGAAGGAUGUGGAUGCUUCUUACAUGAACAAGGUAGAAUUGGAAGCCAAGGUGGAUGCUCUCACUGAUGAAAUCAACUUCCUGAGGGCCCUGUAUGAAGCUGAACUACGUGAGAUGCAGGCUCAGAUCUCCGACACCUCUGUCGUCCUGUCCAUGGACAACAACAGAGCUUUGGAUCUGGACAGUAUCAUCGCUGAAGUCAAGUCUCAGUAUGAAGAGAUUGCUGCCAAGAGCCGUGCAGAGGCCGAAUCUACUUACCAGAACAAAUACCAGGAGCUCCAGGCCACCGCUGGCCGUCAUGGUGAUGAUCUGCGCAACACCAAGCAGGAGAUCUCCGAGCUGAACCGCGCCAUCCAGAGGUUGCAGGCCGAGAUUGAAAAUGUGAAAUCACAGCGUGCUAAGCUGGAGGCACAAAUUGCAGAGGCUGAGGAACGUGGGGAACUGGCACUGAAGGAUGCCCGGGAGAAACUGGCUGAGCUGGAGGGUGCUCUACAGAAGGCCAAGCAGGACAUGGCUACCCAACUGAGAGAUUACCAGGAACUGAUGAAUGUCAAACUGGCUCUGGAUAUUGAGAUUGCCACUUACAGGAAACUGCUGGAAGGAGAGGAAAGCAGGCUGGCUGGUGAAGGUGUUGGAGCUGUUAGUAUGUCUGUUGUGAACUCUAGCUCCUCCUCCUCUGGUGGCGGCUAUGGCGGAAAUACCUUUUCAGCUGCACCAGGCUUUGGUUUCGGAGGUGGACCCGGGUUCGCCGGUGGGUACGGAGCCGGAUCUGGGUACGGAGCCGGAUCUGGAUAUGGAGCUGGUAGCUCUAUGAAGUUCAGCAGUGGUGGUGGCAGUGGAUCAUCCGGUGCUGUGAAGUCCUACUCUGUGACCACAUCUUCCAGCAGGAGCAGCUCAAGAUACUAAGAAGCUUUUUUGUUUCCUUUUUAAUGACAUCCUUAGCGCUAUCCAUACCCCCAUUAAAGUCAUAACAUUUUCUUUACAGUACAGAGGCACAGUAUUUUAAUACUGGGGUUCUGUUAAGCCCUUUAACUUCAGUGAAAGCCUUUUAUCAUGCUAAAGUUUCUGCGUCUGUUCUUUGUCCUUUUUUUAGAUAAGGUUAGGGGGUAUGUCUGGUUGCUGGGAUUGUCUGAGCACCUUUCUCCUUGCCUUCUUCUUCUUUGCUUCUUCUUACUGCCUAUAAACCUGUGCUGUCCCUGAGUGUGUCACCAGUGGCCUUUGUUACAACUGGCUGGUGGUUGUAAGAUGAAGCGUGGUCUGUCCCACAAAUGCUUGAGGCCCCUAAGAAAUAGAACCUCUGCAAGUCAUUUUUGGUCAAUGACGAUAAUGAUGCUGAUGCCAACACCCCCAAAACAAGUCAAUUUCUACAGUAUUUCUGGGGGGGAGGGGGUGAAAUUUUACAGUUUAUUUUUUGCAGAGAGAAUUGCCAUGAUUGUAUAUAAGAGUAAAGAUACAUGGUGCUAUUUUUCACCCUUCAAACAUCAUAAAGCCUGUUCGAUGCUUUUUACUAAAAGUUUGUACCUGCAUCUUGUGCAAGAAGAAGCACUGGAAAAGCAUGUCCACUAUAAUGUCUGGUCUGUGUUAGUUGGUGGAAGUCUUCUGACUUUUGUGGGGAGGGAUUUUAUGUGUGGGUGUGAAAUUGUGAAACAUCUCUAAUAAAAUUCCUUCCAGUUCAUA